ACGCCCACCUGACCAGGAAGAAGCUGGUUUGGUAUCCACUUCGCUCCUUGUCCCCCCCGAUGGCGUGCUUGGAGCAACCUGUCCGCCUCUCUGUGCACGUGUAGGCAAACCUGCCGCUGUAUAUCUCCUGUCCGUCUCGUUUCAAUCAUGUCUGUCGUCAGAACGAGCUUAAAACUGUUCCUGCUCACCGCCGUCACCGUCCUGGCCGUGCUGCUGCUGCGACACUGGAUGGCCACCAAGCAGUACGUUUUCAAUAAAGAAGACGUCGCCAAAUUGGCCAAACAGUACGCAGGACAGGACCAUGAACAGGCCUUCUCCAAAGUGGUGGUGGAGCUCAGGAAGAGGUAUCCUGGCCACAUCCUGCCAGAUGAGGACCUGCAGUGGGUGUUUGUGAACGCCGGUGGUUGGAUGGGCUCAAUGUGUCUACUUCACGCCUCGCUCACAGAGUACCUGCUGCUGUUUGGUACUGCAGUAGACACAGGAGGACACUCGGGUCGUUACUGGGCUGAGAUCUCUGACACCAUCAUAUCCGGCACCUUCAGACAGUGGAAGGAGGGAACAACAAAGAGUGAAGUGUACUACCCCGGUGACACCAUCGUACACAGUGUAGGCGAGGCCACGUCGGUCCAGUGGAGCACCGGGACGUGGAUGGUCGAGUACGGAAGAGGUUUCAUCCCGUCCACGCUGGGAUUUGCUCUGGCUGACACCUUGUUCAGCACCCAGGACUUCCUCACAAUGUUCUACACCGUACGUGUUUAUGUCAAGGGUAUGCUGCUCGAGGCUGGUACACUUCUUACAGAGGCCGGAGUUUUCUGAUCGAGACUUGGACACCUGCAAAAGGACAAUUACGUCAAAGGUUCGCCUAGUCGUCACAGAAUGUUACCCCUGAACGCUAACAUCUGGCAUGGAGGAAAAGAUUUUGGGCUGGAUCAUUCAAGAUAAAAUAUUUUUAAAUGGAAUUGUAGACUAUCCAAAUUAGCACUUUUAAUUUGUUGCCCCACGUUAGGCUAUCAAAAAUAAAGUGCUUGAAUCCUUUCCCUUUCACCCUGUGACAUCAAACUGCAUAAAAAGUGUGAUAUUUUCCACUGACUUCCAUCAAGGCUGUACCACUCAAUGCAGCAUCUUAGUCGACACAGUAGCUGCCUCGCUAGUCAGUAAGGUCUUGAGGUCUUUUUCACAAGCAGUUUGUCAAAUCUGAGAUUCUUAUUCUAUGCAAUAUGCAAUUCCUAAUUUAGCUUGAAAAAAAAUCUAUAUAAUGCCUGUAAACUAUUUUCUUAGUAAAUACCCAUUUCACAUAUAUGCAUUGGAUUCGUAGUAAAUCGAGACAAUCACAAAACCCCAUCAAGAAGCUCCAAAGUCCGAACCGCUCUAGAACUUUGUCUCCCAUUUCUUCAUUCAUAGUCGAUCUGGUUAUACUAUAUAUUUUUUGGAAAAUGUUGGAAUCAUGUGUGCAAUGUCCCGUGUUAUGGCUUGAUCAGUCAGCCAGAUUCAUGCAAGUUCAGAGGGUUUUAAUGGUUAUAGACACUCAUGGUGUGUGCUUGACGACAUCAGACUGCCAUGUUCACAUUUCUCCUUUCUUCUUACAACCCAACUUUUCUCUCAAAACAUUCAGGAUUGCCCAUUAUGACAGUUUUUUCAAAUACACAUUACACUAACAGAUACUUGUUUGGGGAAAUUGUUGCAGCCAUUUGUGCAAUUCCUAUUUGGGUUAGAAAAUGGAAGAAAACCCCCAUUGCUGCUCUAAUUAAGACCUCUGCUGUGUUUACUGUAACUAUAGGUUUCAUUAAUUAAUUUGUGAAAAGUGUUUCAAAAACUGAAAUAGUGCAAUGUUCUAUGGGCUUACAUAGACUUGGCAGAAUAUCUUUUGAAAAUGUAACGAACAUAAACGUUAAUAAUUUUGUGCCCUGACCAAGUAAGGUGAAUUGGCUUUAGUGCCUUCAGCCUCUGUUCAUUGUCAGGAUCUUUCCACUAGCCUAAUAGUGAAAUAUCCCAACAGUAUCCAUCAUCCUCUACAACUCCACAUUGUUGUAUGGAGCUGAGGGGAAAUCAAAGCAUUUUGGGAAUAACAUGUAUUUACUUCACUUGGAAAUUGUGCUGUACAAGUAAAUCACUGAUUGCUUGUACGGGGCCUCUCCGGUCGCACGUUUUCAUACUGAUCCCUGAAGCCAUCAAUGGCCAAUAGGGUUUCAGUGUCAGUCUAACUACCCAAACUCGAGUUAUUUGAUUUGAUAUACAGCAGCAUCAGUAGCAGUGUGAUCUCAUGGAUGGAUGGGGAAACAAAAAGAACAUUAUCGCUGUAGCUUAAAUGUUGAUGAGCGGGUGUGCAAUUUACUGUGAGGUGUUGAUAAAAACUGACAGUGCCAGAGGAAAUAAAUGUUUUUGAAAGCAAAUUA